AUGGUUCUUGUCUCAGCUGAUGGUGGCUAUGGAACCGCUCCCGCAACUGAAAAGCCAGAACCAGCAGAAACUGAAAACUCAUCCUCCACAACCAUAGGAGUUCAGGGGAUGAUAUAUUGCAAAUCAGGCUCAGAACUCAUCCCACUUGAAGGAGCUGUGGCAAGGAUAACAUGCCUAUCUGUGGAUAAGCGCGGCAAGGAAAGAGCACCUUUCUCAGUCUUGAGUGAUGCAACUGAUAAUAACGGCUACUACUUGGUGACAUUGUCGCCUUCAGAGAUUAAACACAACUGGAGACUUAAAGAAUGCAAGGCUUUUCUCGAGAUGUCUCCAUCAGAGACUUGCAAUGUUCCCACUGACAUUAACAAUGGGACAAGUGGUUAUCUUCUUGCUAAGCAUCGCCUCCUCAAAAACAAGAAUAUUAUACUGUUCUCCGUUUGGCCCUUCUUUUUUCAAGAAGAUAUAACAACCUCCAAUGGCUAUUGA